AUGGUUGUAUUUAAUUUGUCAAUGUUCAGGUUUUGGAAGAGGCCAUCACCCAAUGUAGGGCCGGGAGAUCUUGAGAUUGGUCUCGGCGGCGGUUACUCAUCAUCCCUCGCCGAUGAUGAUGUUGUAAUUCCACACCCUCCGGUAGCUGAAGAUGUUCCAAGCGAGUUGGAAGCCGGUAUUGACCCUGAAGCUGCACUUGAGAAUAUUGCACCACACGAUUUGGAGGCCGGUCACGUUACUACCCAUCGCUGGAGGAGGGUGAGGACGUUGAAGAGAGCAUCAGUGGCAUUUUAUCAAGUGGUAAUUUGCCAGAUGUUGAGGAGGAACAGAACAGGAACCGUACCUGACCAAGCACUUGUACAUGAUGAUCACCAAGAAACAGAACAAUCAUCAAAUGAAGCUUCAACAUCCGGAGGGUUUGGGAUUGGAGUGGAAGAACUCGUUCAACUAGUCAAAGAACGUAGCCUUGAAGCUUUGAAUCGAUAUAAUGGGGUUCAUGGGUUAUCAAAUUUGUUGAAGACUGACUUGAAAGUGGGCAUAGAUCGUCGCGAUGAUGAGAUACUACUUCGCAGGAACGCAUAUGGGUCAAACACUUAUCCUUGCAAAAAGGGAAAGACUUUCUGGUACUUUCUCUGGAGAGCUAGCCAGUUUUCUCAUUUGCUGGUUAUCAUGUUUGCUGCUGUAUUCUUUUCGCUGCUGCGAAUUAAAACAAAGGGUAUACUUGAUGGAUGGUAUAUAGAAGCUUGCAUCGUUUUGGUCACUGUUUUUCACAUCAUUGCGAUAGCUGUCGCUGAGUACAAGCAAUCUUGUCGGUUUAUAAAGUUGACUGAGGAGAAGAGAACCGUAUAUCUAGAGGUUAUCAGAGGUGGCAGAAGAGUCAGGGUUUCUAUAUAUGAUAUUGUUGUGGGCGAUAUUGUACCCCUCAAGAACGGUUGUCAGGUACCAGCAGAUGGUGUCCUGUUUGUUGCAAACUCAUUGAAAGUUGCCGAGCAAGAAGUAACUGCCUCAGACGAAAUUGUUCAAAAAGAUCUUCAAACAAAUCCGUUUCUGUUAUCUGGUUCAAAACUGAUAGAAGGCAUAGGUACAAUGCUGGUUACAAGUGUUGGAAUGAACACUGAAUGGGGGUUGAAGAUGGAGGUUUCACAGAAGACUGAUGAAGAAAAGCCUUUUCAGGGGUACCUGAAAUGGCUUGCGAUUUCUGCCAGCUGGUUUGUCGUUUUGUUUGCUUCAGUUGCCUGUAGUAUUCAAGUAGGCGGAUCUUCAGCUCCAUCCUGGCAAGGACCUAACAACCGUUUUAUUUCCAGAUACUUUAGUGGUGUGACCAAAAAAUCAGAUGGAACUCCAAUGUUUAUCUACGGAAUUACCACUGCCGAUGAAGCAAUAGAAUUUGUGAUCACAUCCCUGAGUUUUGGGAUUGCGACAAUAGUAGUGGCAGUGCCUGUAGGACUUUCUAUAGCCGUUCGCUUGAACUUUGCUAAGACAACGAAGAAAAUGAGGAAAGACAAAGUUUUGAUGUCGGUGGUUGAUGUCUGGGCUGGAGGAAUAAGAAUGCAAGAUAUGGACGAUGUCUCACAGUUGCCCACGUUUCUUAAAGAACUAAUCAUAGAAGGCAUUGCCCAAAACACAAAUGGCAGUGUUGUUUUUGAAACGGGAGUCACUGAACCAGAGGUUUAUGGAUCACCAACAGAACAAGCCAUUCUUAACUUUGGGAAUAAGUUGGGAAUGAAAUUUGAUGAUGCCAGGUCAGCAUCAUUAGUCCGUCAUACUAUACCAUUCAACCCGAAAAAGAAAUAUGGAGGCGUGGCACUACAGCUUGGUACACACGCUCACGUUCAUUGGAAAGGAUCUGCAAAAACUAUUCUGAGUUCAUGCGAAGGGUAUAUGGAUGGGGCCAACAACUCCAGAGCUAUUAAUGAACAGAAACGAAAGUCUUUUGAAGGAACAAUAGAAAAUAUGAGUAAGGAGGGACUGCGUUGUGCAGCACUUGCUUAUCAACCCUGUGAACUGGGAAGUCUUCCAACCAUUACGGAACCUCGAAACCUUGUUUUGUUGGCUAUUGUUGGUAUAAAGGAUCCUUGCCGGCCAGGAACAAGGGAUGCGAUCCAACUGUGCAAUUCCGGAAGUGUUAAGGUUUGCAUGGUGACGGACAAUGAUGGUUUGACUGCACAGGCAAUAGCAAUUGAAUGUGGGAUACUAACGGAUGCAUCUGGCCGUAAUAUAAGGACAGGAGCCCAAUUUCGUGAACUUUCCGAUCUAGAAAGAGAGCAGAUUGCCGGAGACAUCUUAGUUUUUGCUCAAUCUUCUCCCAACGACAACCUUCUGCUUGUCCAAGCACUGAAGAAAAGAGGCCAUAUAGUUGCAGCCACUGGAAUGGGAAUACAUGAUCCAAAAACACUACGCGAGGCUGAUGUUAGCCUUGCAAUGGGAGUUGGAGGGACCGCAGCAGCAAAAGAGAAUUCCGAUUUCAUUAUACUAGAUGAUAAUUUUGCUACGAUUGUCAAGUGUAUCAUAUGGUCUCGAUCUCUGUACAACAAUGUCCAGAAAUCUAUCCUAUUCCGCCUCACUGUCAGUGUAUCAGCAUUGGCUGUCUGUGUGGUUGAGGUUGUAGUUUAUGAUGCAUUUCCCCUUAACGCCGUGCAGUUUCUGUUGGUUAAUCUAAUUAUCGACAUCUUAGGAGCAUUAGCUUUGGCAUACAGACCAAGAUCUGAUCACCACCUAAUGGGAAAGCCACCGGUUGGUAUAAGAGAUCCUCUUAUAACCAAGACGAUGUGGUCCAAGAUGAUAAUUCAGGUAUUUUACCUAGUGCUCUCGCUGGUACUCAUAAAUUCUGAGAAGCUACUGAAGCUGAAGCAUGGUCAGACGGGCAAUGCCGAAAAAAUGAUGAACACAUUGAUAUUCAAUUCCUUUGUCUUCUACCUGGUUUUUAAUGAGUUUGAAAUCCAAAGUGUAGACCAAACCUUCAAAGAAGUCCUUAGAGAGAAUAUGUUUCUCGUUACAAUAACCUCAACUAUCAUAUCUCAGAUAAUCGUGAUCAAGUUCGCAGGCAUUUUCAUUGACUUGAAAAAAUGGGUGACGACAAGUCUUUUGGGGUUACUCAGCCAAGUCGCCACUCGCUACCCUUACCCAGCCAUCCAAUAUCAUCGUAACUGAGAUUUCUCUUGCCGUAUGGCUCAAUUCUCGUAAGAAGUCAACUUUUGAAGCAUCCCUCUAGCUUUGGUCGCUUAGGAGGCUGUUGUUCUCUGCGCGGGUGUGCGUGAGAGAUUAAAUAAUGCGGAUUAUUGUGCUGUGUAUAUAGCAUACUACAGUUUAUUCAGUCAAUUCAUUUUCCUCUUGAAGAUAUGUCGAGUGAAAUGCGUGAAAGUCAAACAUUUAAGUUCUGUAUCCAUUUCCCUUUCAAGCUAUGUAGACUGUAAUGGGUGACAGUCAUAUAUAGUAUAUAUAGUAAGCUCUGUUCAAUC